AUGCCCUUGUCGCAGGCUUUUCAGUUUGUGCAGGUCGGGAAGGCCGAGGUGGAUUGUGCGGAGGUGUCGGAACAGAGAGUGGAGGCGAAGCAUGUGCGCUUCGGCUUCAUUGCCGACGAGAUGGAGCAGGUGCUCCCGCAGGUGGUGCGGGAAGUGCCUACUGCUCAGGGGCCCAGGAAGUCCAUCGUCUACACCGACCUCAUUGCAGUGCUUUGCGCGGUGGUGCGGGAUUUCGGCACGGAGGUGGAUGCUGUGAAGCGGCGAGUGGCUCUGGCAGAAGCUGCCCUGGAUAAUCUGGAUGAGAAGGAGCCAAUGUGGACCUAG